CUCUAAACAGUGAUCAGUGGCACACCGUGGAUCUGCGAGUGGAUGUGAACAAAGCAGAGAUGAGGCUCACGCUCAACGAGGAAAUCAGUCGAGAGACGAUCAAAGCCUACUCCUGGGGGAACGCUGCAGAAGUCCUUGACUGGGGCCAUCUAACAACGUUGGUCUCCCUUGGCGGUACCAAGAGAACAUCGGUGGAUUUCAAGCCUUAUGUUGGGUGUAUCACAGACGUCAUGUAUGCACUCGCAGAUGGCACUUUGACAAGUCCUCAUUUUAACACUACUGAGGGUGUGGCAGAUGGAUGCGUGGACCGUUGUCAGGGCGACAGGCUAUGUAACUUGGGCAAAUGUGUCAAUGACUACACCGCCAUGCACUGUGACUGUUAUGGUACUGAUUAUGAAGGUCAAAACUGUGAAAUUGAAGCAUCCACCACAGUGACAUUUCGAGGCUAUGAAUGGAUGACUUACCAGUUAUACAUGCAGAGUGGGGAACGUGUGUUCACAGACUACACCAGAAUAUCACUAGAGUUCAAGACUGAUCGUGGUUCUGGAGUAUUGUUGUAUGCCGUGGGAGGCACACCUUAUCACAACCAUAUUACAGUUUCUAUUUACUCUGGUGCAGUUCAUGCUUCUGUUUCAUUUGAGCAAGAUGACCUCACAUUCUCAGAGGGAAUUGGUUUGGAUGACAGUCGGUGGCAUAAUAUGACGAUAUAUCAUUACCGUGAUGUCAUAAUAUUUUAUUUGGAUGGAAAAGCAACAGGAAAGAAAGUUACUAAAGGAGACUGGUACCUCAGUUUGGAUCCUUACAUUUACAUUGGUGGAGGUGACAGUUUUGUGGAAACUAAAGGUCUGCCUGUUACACAGAGCUUUGUUGGUUGUCUUCGCAAUGUCUAUGUCAAUGAUAUCUCAGUCUUGUAUGAAGUUUCCAAAAGCAAUCCAAGGUGUUCCUACAAUGGUGGACAAAGUCCAUUAUAUGGCUGUGAAAAAGUGUCAGAGGUGCCCAUUUCAUUUCCCAGGUCAUCUUCCAUGUUGCGAUGGAUAAAAGGAGAGCGAGAACAAAACCUCAGUGUUGAAUUCAAGAUAAAAACAUUUCACAGUACCGCCAUAGCUAUGUUUGUGGAGAUGAUUUCACGGAAAGAUUCUGGUGCUGGAUUUGACUUUGGCAGUUUGGAACUGUGGAUCACUGAAAAGGCUGUUAUUUUACAAUUUAUACCAUCUGCGAAAGAACUUUCAAGUCAGGAGAAUGUAACUGUGCCAGUUCCUGUAGCUGAUGGUUUGGAGCACAGUAUUUCAGUGGUUCUCCUCAACAGUAAAGCAAAGCUAGAAGUUGAUGGGACUGCUGCAUUUUCAAAUCGCUAUCAUAAAACUUUAGAACACAGAGGAACUGUUGUCCUCGGUUACAGCUUGAAACAGAUAGACAAGCAGUAUGGCUUUGUUGGGUGUAUGCAAGGAAUCAAAAUACAAGAACAAAAACUAGAUCCUAUAGCCAUUAUGGAAUCAGAUGCUGCAGUUGGACUUAUUUUAGAUGGGUGUCAGCUGGCAGAUCACUGUGCUGAGAACAACAUAUGUGAACAUGACUCAGUGUGCUUCUCUGAUUGGGAUGGUGUUUACUGUUUGUGUCCAAAUGGUCAUUAUGAAGGAAGGGCUUGCCAUUUUUCAAAGUAUGCAGCUACCUGUGAUGAAUACCAUCGCAUGGGCUAUCUGGCCAGUGGAGUGUAUUUGAUAGAUGUUGACGGACCAGGGCCAAUUAACAGUACUUAUGUGUAUUGUGAAAUGAACAAGGAGGCUGAGACUGGAGUUACAGUUGUCGAGCACAACUUUCAGCCUAACCACACAGUCAGAGCACCAUGGUUGCCAAAUAACCAGUACCAUCUUAAAUACAGAGAAAUGUCCAGAGAACAGCUGACAAAAUUAACUUCUAUCUCAGGAAACUGUGAACAGUAUUUGCAGUACAGCUGCACUAAAUCCCCAAUCAGCCUCAGCAAGAGGACAUGGUUCAGGUCUGCCAGUGGUGAUAUUGUUGAUUACAUAGCCUCCCAUACUUCAGGAUUCUGUGACUGUCCAGCAGAUACAGGCUGUGAUGGAGAACACUGCUACUGUGAUCUUGAAUCUGAGGAGCCCAGAGUUGAUCAAGGUUUUAACCGUAAGCGGAACCAGUUACCUCUCAUGGAACUUUCAUUUAUUCAGAACAGUGAAGGCACGGCACAGAUGACUCUUGGACCUCUGAGAUGCUGGGGAAGUGAAUCACAGUCACAAGAGAAAUCGGUAACCAUCACUAACAGCAACAGCUUCAUAAGACUACAGUCCUGGAAAAAGGGAGAUUUUCUUCUUCAUUUUAAAACUCAUCAAACAAAUUCAGUUCUUCUCUAUCACAGCAGUGAUCUGCAAGAGGCUGCACAACGAGAUCCUAAGAAUAGAGGCAACAUUUUUUAUGUCAAGAUUUUAUCUGAGUAUCAAGUCAGAUUUUACCUCAAUAUCGGAGAUCACGAGAUCACAGAAACUCUAGUUGCCAUCAACCGCAUAGACCAAGGGGAAUGGCAUAUGAUCAAAAUUGAACAUGAUCCCUACAAUGUCAGAUUUACUCUAGACUCUACAAAGGCAAUGGUAGCGUUACCUAAGAAUUUGCACAGUAUUGCAGAUUUUAGUGGCAUCUUAUAUCUUGGGGGUGUUGCUGCCAGAAUAUCCAAUGCUGGAGUCCAGGACACAGAAGGGUUCACUGGUUGUUUUUAUGGACUUGUGUACAAUCAGCAAUCUGUAGAUCUCACUCAGUUCAUAGAUGGCAGCACAAAUGGAGUGUCAGCAAACUGUAUGUCAUCAUGCUGGCCUAAUCCAUGUAAAAAUGGAGGAGUGUGCCAGGAAAACUGGAUGCACUACAGCUGUUUGUGCAGAGAUCCCUGGGCUCAUACAGGAGAUAACUGUGAGCUGGACCUGAACAAAGAUGCUGUCACCUUUAGUGGACUACCAUCAUCAUUUCUCUUUUUUGACAUCUCAAGUUUCCCGAAUGUCCUUGAUGAUACUAUCGUUCUAAGUUUCCGCACAUUAAUUACUGAAACUCAGUUGCUUUUGUACAUCCAUGAUCACAUGGGCAACUUUGUACAGUUAGAGCUCACUGAUUCUUACACCAUCACCAUCAGCUACAACAGUUUUAAUCAGAUUAUCGAGGACUCUCUGAAGAUUAAUGAAACACUGAAUGAUGGUGAAUGGAAACAAGUUGUUGUGGAAAAUAAUAAUGCCUAUACAAGACUCAUGGUGCAAGGCCAGUCUAAAGUCAUUGAAGUUAGAAGAGGAAACAUUCAGAUGUACUCUCUGAAUCCAUAUAGAAACACAGAGCAGCAAUCAGUAUUUGUAGCACGGCCAUCCCUGAUGCCUGAACCUUUUAUCCAUGCCUAUGUGGGUGGAGUAGAGGAAGAAUCAACUUCUAUAGCUCAGUUAAUUGGUUGCAUGAGAGGCAUGCGUAUUGGAAGUUAUAUAUUUAAUCUUACAGAAGCCACCAUUACUUUGGAUAAUAAUACAUUGGUGGUCUUAGCUUGUGAUAAAGGUUGCCAUGAAAACAGCUGCUACAACCACGGAUUCUGUGUGGAGAAAUGGAAGAACAGGCAGUUUGAAUGUGACUGCACACAAAAUGGCUUUUCAGGUCACCGAUGUGAAAUUGAGCCAUCAGUCAGGGUGGCAGGAAAUACAGUGGUGCAGCAUAACUUCACACUACCUGUUGUCGACCAGUACAGUCUGAGUGAGAGGCUUUUAUUCCACUUUAAGUCUGAUCUGAAGCCAUACAGCAGCAAGCACACCAUACUUGUCUUUGUGACUAGCUCGCAGUCAGGUGACUACAUCUUAGUGAAACUUGAUUCAACUGGCAAUAUGGUGCUCGAAACAAAUCAAGGUUAUGGAAUAUACAGAAUGAAGGUAGCUGGCAGCUUUGCUAAUGGGAGACAACAUGAUGUUAGUUAUACUCGUGAUGGCUCCAGAAUGGUUUUAAAAGUGGAUGAAGUUAAAGAGGCCAACAUCAACUAUCCUGACUAUCCUUUAAACAGCAUUGACUCAAUCCUGAUUGGUGGCUGCAUCAGUGGUUAUCAUGAAUGUGAACAUCUUGCCAACUUUUCGGGCUGCAUAUCUAACGUAGCCUACAUACCUAAGAACCCCAGCAUGGUCAUUAUUCGCACAUUGCGGGACCUUUAUUUGGAUAUCCCUGGCAUUCAUGUUCUAGGAAAUAAGACUAGCAGCUGUUCUACAAGACCCAUAGAGAUUCCAGUUACAACUGUUGUCCCAUAUGAAUCAAGGGCUACUCCCGGAACUUUUAUGGAAUUAACAAUGCCUCCAUGGAAGAACAGUGAUCUCAGAAUUGUAACACUGGGUAUCCAGCCUUUCCAAGUCAGCUUUCCGUCCACAUCUCCGACUACAACAAUGAUCUAUAGUGAGCAGAAUCAAACCUACCCAGUCAUCAUAGCCAGUAACAAGGCACCAGUAGACGACAUCACAAUCAUAAUUGUGGUCUGCAUAAUAGCCAUCUUCCUGGUGAUAAGCCUGACUGUCACCUUGGUUUUUGUGAGGAAACGAAAGCAGCAUGAGGAUGUUUUAGUCAAGAAAGAAGGCGAAGUUGACUUUGAACUAAAGCAACCUCUCAACCACACUAACUCAUCCCAUCACACAAACUCUGCUCCCUUCUCAUCUCGCACAUUCCCACAGACUAUGGCUAAACCUAACCAAACUGGAAAUAUGAACAGUUCAGUGCCAGCAGACCAUUUAGCCAAGUUAGAUGAGUUCAGCAUGAUCUCUGCAAUAUUAGGCCCUAAAGGUUA